GGUAUCCAGUGAAAUGGUGAUGCAUAAGUUGAGGACGAGUGACUAGUACCAGAAAAAUAGCCUAAUCACUCAUCUCCUUCAGCUUUCAACAAUCUCAAUUCAAUUGCCGAUAUUGAAUCUGAUAAUCUCUGAAAAAUGUCGAGUUCCACUAUGCAAAUUUUAACAGCAUCUUCAUUAUUCUCCACUCAAAAGAAUCCGUUUUCUGAAUUUUUCAACCAGUCAGUGAAAAAGAUGAAAUCUCCAGCUAAAACAAGAAGAAGAAGGACAUCAAGAAUGGAGAUUUUGGCCAUGGCUAGUGAUGAUUCAGCUAAAAUUGAAAAACCCACUAAGCUAAUUACCUUUUUGGGUAAAGGGGGUUCUGGGAAAACCACUUCUGCCAUUUUUGCUGCUCAGCAUUAUGCAAUGGCAGGGCUCAAAACCUGUUUGGUGAUACAUUCUCAAGAUCCGACAGCUGAAUAUCUUCUGAAUUGUAAGAUCGGGACAUCCCCAAUAACAUGUAACAACAAUCUGUCAGCCGUUAGAUUGGAAACUACAAAAAUGCUCCUUGAACCUCUCAAUAAACUGAAGCAAGCAGAUGCUCGUCUUAAUAUGACUCAAGGAGUUCUUGAAGGGGUGGUUGGAGAAGAGCUUGGAGUACUUCCUGGAAUGGACUCCAUAUUUUCAUCCCUAGCACUCGAGCGGCUUGUAGGAUUUUUUGAAAAUGUGGUUCAACAAAACAGCAAAAAAGAGAAAUUUGACAUUAUUAUAUAUGAUGGAAUGAGUACUGAAGAAACAAUUAGGAUGAUUGGUGCGACCAGCAAAGCAAGAUUAUACUUAAAAUAUCUCCGCAAUUUAGCUGAAAAAACUGAUCUAGGAAGGCUGGCAAGUCCCUCACUUUUGAGACUUGUGGAAGAAGCCAUGACUCUAAGCGGUAGAAAUCUUAAUCUGAAUGGGAAAAUGAGUUCAGAAAUUUGGGACAUUCUAGAACAAGUAUUAGAGAGAGGGUCUACAAUAUUUGCAGAACCGAAAAGGUUUGGUUGCUAUGUUGUGGUGGAUAGAAACAGCCCCGUGUCUAUGGCUUCUGCUUUACGUUACUGGGGUUGCAUAAUCCAGGGUGGUGCACAGAUUUCUGGUGCAUUUUCUCUUGCAUCGACAAAUUCGAGUGGAGAAGUAGGGGCAACAAUUGAGGAUUUUUCACCUUUGCCUUCUGCUUUUGUUCCACAUAUCUCAGUGGGAGCCCAUUUAGAUUGGAACAAGAUUAUGCAGGAUAGUCAUAGCGAGAGUGCACGGAAUCUUCUGACUGCAACAGCUCAUAAGGCCAGUAUUCCUUCGGUUAUCUUUGAUCCACCCAACAAAAUUGUCACACUUCUCAUGCCUGGUUUUGACAAAUCAGAAAUCAAGCUAUAUCAAUUUAGAGGAGGGUCUGAGUUGUUGGUGGAAGCUGGUGAUCAGAGACGUGUCAUUCGUCUACCAUCUCAACUUCAAGGGAAGGUUGGAGGUGCCAAAUUUGCAGAUAGAAGUCUUGUCAUCACAAUGCGAUAGCAGAUGAAACCAAGAAACCUCACCUACAUAUUUAGGUACACGCAUGCAGAAAGAGUCACUUCAGAUCAAAUGUUGUAACAUUCAUUGAUUUUAUGAGUUUUUACAUGGCCAAGCAGUAAAUAAAUCUUUUUUCCUAUUUAUAUACAUUAUGGAGGUUGUCCAUGUGAAAUGGAGAAAAGGGUACUGAUGAUUGAGUCACUACAGACUAAAUUCUCAAGUUUCUUGUAGACCAUUUGUAUGGCCAUAUCCAGAAGUCAUCGUUGGGAAUGACAUUCUUCAAGUUUGAAGUUAAUACGACUAAAUUCUCAAA